AUGCCGGGCUUCGACUUCAGCAACCACAACAGAAACAACAUCCUCCACGCAAAGGGCGUACCACUCCCCAAAGCCACCAGCACCGGAACGACCAUUGUAGGAUGUCUAUACAAAGGCGGCGUGGUCAUUGCCGCUGAUACCAGAGCGACAAGCGGUCCCAUCGUUGCUGACAAGAACUGCGAGAAGCUCCACUACAUCUCUCCUCAGAUCUGGUGUGCAGGCGCUGGAACUGCCGCUGAUACCGAAUUCACAACCGCCAUCAUCUCCUCCAACCUCGAACUCCAUGCCCUCUCCACAGGCCGCAAGCCGCGCGUGGUCACCGUCAUGACCCUCCUCAAACAACACCUGUUCCGGUAUCAAGGACACAUUGGCGCGUACCUCGUAGUCGCCGGAUGCGAUCCCACAGGUGCUCACCUCUUCACCGUCCAUGCACACGGCUCCACCGACAAGCUCCCCUACGUCACCAUGGGUUCCGGUUCCCUCGCCGCCAUGUCCGUCUUCGAGACCUCUUGGAAGCAGGAUCUCAGCCGUGAGGAUGCAGUGAAGCYGUGCGCAGAGGCAAUUCAGGCGGGUAUCUGGAACGACUUGGGCAGUGGUAGCAACGUGGACGUGUGUGUCAUCACACCAGAGAAGACGGAGCUGUUGAGGAACUACAUCACACCCAACACGAGGGAGAAGAAGAUGCGCGAUUACAAGUUCGCACGUGGCACUACUGCUGUGUUGAAUGAGAAGAUCAUCACACGGGAGCAAAUCAGCAAGUACGUGACGGUGCAGGACAUAGGCGAUGGAGAGGCGGGUGUUGGCGAGAAGAUGGAUGUGUCAUAG